AUGGCAAGCGCAACCGUAGUCUGUCCUUUGGCCGAGCCAAACCGUACAACCUUCUUAAAUACAAGAGAACGAGUAAUUGGUGAACCGGGUGCAGAAUGGGACCCCGAGUUGACGAACUACCAGACGGAUUUUACCGCCAAAGCCAUCGUACUACGUCACAAGCGGCCAACGUCAAGCAACAGGAAAAAUAAGCCACACCCUAAACAUGUUGCACAUCUUCGAAGGUUGACAAAUGAGCCCGUCUGCACUGUCAAGACGAUCAUCAACCAGGUCGACCUUACGACGUCGAGAUCAUGCUGGAUGCAGUCGUUGAUGAAAGCCCAGUUUAAACUCCCGCCUACCACGCCCGACCGGACCACGAGGUUUGGGUGUAACAAGAACAAGCACCUCGCCGCCUCAGGCAUCGUGCCAACCCACGCAAAGAGCUCAGACAAGAAAGAGGAGCCCCUUCUACCAGCAUGUGCAAAGAAAACCACUAUGAUGACGACUUCGACUCCGUUUCAGUAUGUCCCAAGAAAACGGAAAAUAAUCCCUAAAAUCCUAGAUGAGAGUAUUGGUAUUCUUCAUCAACCCUUACCCGACAAAAUACCGCUCGGGAAGCCACGCCGAUGGAAAACUUCGAAGAGACUGGUCGAGAGCGCGCCAGCUACGACGCUUCAGGUCUCCAAUUUCGAUGGUGGAGCGCCUCCAGACUACUCCAAGUCCAUCACGGGACGCAAGCUAUGCUGGUAUCCGGCAAUAGAGGGCGGCAUCCUAAAAAUACCCGGAUACAUGAGACAUUUCUAGACAUACAACCUAGUGGCGUAUUUAGGCUCGGGUGCAAGGGACGCCCACCCCCCACCCCUUAUAUUUCGAGAAUCACCCAUUGAACAUUCACAUUAAUAUAGACAAAUCUAAGGGGAAAAAGUGUCAUUUGCAACCCCUCUAUUUUCAAAUUUCCUCUUUACAGUUAAAACCCCCUUAAUUUCAAAAUCCUUGAU